AUGGCGGACGAGGAGAUGACAGAUGCAGAGCUUGUAGCAGAGCUGAGACAGUACGGCGAGGAAAUACCGCUCCCGCUCAAACCCAACAAGCGACAAAUUCUUUUAAAGAAACUUAAUCAUCUUAAAGCACGGAGCAUUACCCAAAACAGUAAACAGUCGGUUAAGACGCCAUCGGCAAACUACAGUCGCACUGCUCGUUCCUCACAAUCACAAUUGAAUAAUCGGGGAGACGGACAUACUGCUAGCUCGUAUACUCAUAGUGAGUCAAGUAAUGCAAAUAGUAAUAGAACCGCCGCAGCGGCGUCUCCGCAGUUGAACGAUAGCAGGUCCCGGCGAUAUUCAAAUAAUUUAGAGCGCACACAAGCGUUAAACGGCGAUAAGCACAAUUUGGAGGAUAGCGACGGGGAACAUGUGGCGAAUUCGCCGAAUUCAUCCUAUCUUAGCAGCUUGACUAGGUCAAGUAACUCCAAGAAUCAUGUGCAUGGUCAGAAUACAAGCACUAAUCAUGUGAAUAGCAUUGCUAGGGAGAAUCAAGAGAGGAAACGAUCAUCACAGUUGUCUGACAGUGUGUUUAGAACACUCAGGCGUCGUACUGUUGAACCACCACCCCAGCGACGUCCUCAGAGGAGUAGUGUUCUAGAAGUGAGCACAGAAAAGAGCAGGUUAAGUAGAAGCUUCAAUGAGAGUAGUGAUGGAGAGAUAGCAGUGCCGUCACCAGCAAGAUCUAAGCUCUAUUCUGGCGCGAACAAUGUGAAUCCAUUGCUCUCAAGGCAAGAUGAUAAUAGAUUUGAAUCAUCGGACUCAGAUUUUGACGAAGGCACAACAGUUCUAGUGGAAAAUAAAAGACUUCGCAACAGCUCUUUCCCCAGUGUUCAUCAUUCAGGAAGACAUGAUUCUAGCCACACUGAAUACCUUUCAUCAAAUAAGUCAUCAUCAUAUUUGAACAGCUCUAAUACGACGCAUCAUCCAAGACUGUAUCCAUGGCGCAGAAACUAUUUGAACGGGCACCACAGAGUUCAGCAGUAUCGUUCUUGGUACCUGGAGAUUCUCCCACAAGUGUUGAUAGGAGUGGCUGCUCUCUUUUUUAUUUCUUUGUCUGUCACUUACAUUGUGAUACACAAAGACUUUUUCUUCUCUUGGUUUUCUUCGUCAAGCAACAUAGGUACUGGAGAUCAUCUGCUUUUGUGCAAGAAUGGCAUGCCAAGUCAGGACUGUUUUAAUAAAGACGAAGUGGACAGAACCUUGAAAAUUAUUGAGAAAUUGUUUGACGAGCUGAGCACACUUAAAGGAGUGGCCCAGUGUGAUUCUUCCAGAGAAAUUGACCCUACUAUAAGAACUGAAGUGCUGCUGGAUAGAAUAAAGGCAGAAACGUUAUCAUUACCGAAUGCUCAGAGGUUACAUGAAUGCUGUCUGAGGCAUAUCCUGGCUAAUCCACAUUGGAAUAUAAGAGCUCAAACAGCAGAUGGUUCAUCAGCAAGUGAUCUCAAGGAUAUUGCUAAAUUACAGUCUGAAGUGGCUGCUAUGGGGUUCCUAUGUCGACUGCGGAGGUCAUUUUCUACAGUCCUGUAUGGAAUCUUCACAGUGAUUGUUGUGCUUGCUGCCAUCCUUCUGCUGUUGGCAUCCAUCAAGUACAAGCUGAAACAAAAAGAGGUUGAGCAGAAGGAGGUGUACGCUAUGGUGGAAAAUAUUAUUGACAUUCUGCAAAACCAUUAUGAGCAGACAAAGGGAGAGGAUUCUAGUGACUCACAGUACCUAGCUGUACAGCACGUUCGAGACCAGCUACUUCCCCCAUCAAAAAGACGAAAAAUGCAGCCCAUUUGGGACAAAGCUGUGAAGUUUAUAGGAGCCAACGAGUCUCGCAUCAGGUUAGAAACACGGCUCAUUCAUGGGGACGAGUUUGAAGUUUGGCAUUGGAUACAGCCGGCAUUACAUAAUGGCAAGAUUUGGCAAGGACAAGCAUUUGGUGAGAACAGUGAGAACAAGGGCAAUAACCCAGUCAUCUACAGCCCGACCCCAUGCCUGAAGAUCCGCAACAUGUUUGACAGCAAUGUUGAAAAUGAAGACAACUGGGAAGACUGUGUGACAGAUGCCAUUUUGGAAAAGUGUAAGACCAUUGACAGCAUUGUACAUAUCUUUGUGGACGUUGACUCGAGGGAGGGCUGUGUCUACUUGAAGUGUUCCAGCUGCGAAGCAGCAGGCAAGGCUCGGCUUUCUCUCCAUGGCUGGUGGUUUGAUGGUCGACUGGUUACAGUAAAACAUCUGAAAACUGACCACUAUCACAAACGGUGGCCAGAGGCGCGGGAUGCCACAAAGCCUUUAAAACCAUCGACUGACCAGAUGCGGUCACUGUCGCAGCCCUACUACCGCUCUUCCUUAGAAAUGACCUAA